CGGGGAUGAAGCGGGACGAGGGGAACUGGGGCGGAGGAGGAGGGGCGCGCCGCGGAGGUGCCCCCCGCCCCCCCACAAUUCUUCUCCCCACCCCCCCCCCGCCCCUCCUCCCUCAGUGACGCCGCUUCCAGUCUCCAGGCAACGUGGGGGCCAAACAACGCGGCCGGGAGGCGGCCGCUGCCUGCCGGGCCCUCUCUUCUGGGACUCUCGAUUUUCGGACGCUGAGCGCCAUGGCCCUGCCUCUGCUGCCGGGCAACAGCUUCAACCGCAACGUGGGAAAGGAGAAGUUUCACAAAUCCCAACAUUGGGGCUUUUGCAACAAUGUUAUGAUGUUAGUGAGUGAUGAAAAGCCUGGAAUAGGUGGAGAACCACUUCUGGGACAAAAGAUAAAGCCGAAAUGUAGCAUAUAUCCUAAAGGAGAUGGAAGCGAUGUACCAUCAUGGGUAGCCUUUGAUAAACAGGUAUUAUCUUUUGAUGCCUAUUUGGAAGAGGAAGUACCUGAUAAAAGCCAAACCAACUACAGAAUAAGAUACUACAAAAUCUACUUCUACCCUGAAGAUGACACAAUACAAGUAAAUGAACCAGAGGUGAAAAAUAGUGGAUUGCUUCAAGGGACUUCUAUCCGGCGUCAUCGGAUUACUCUCCCGCCUCCUGAUGAGGAUCAGUUUUAUACUGUGUAUCAUUUUAAUGUCGGCACAGAGGUUGUCUUCUAUGGUCGGACAUUCAAGAUUUAUGAUUGUGAUGCAUUCACAAGAAACUUUUUGAGGAAAAUAGGGGUCAAAGUGAAUCCCCCAGUACCAUGUCCGGAAGAUCCUUACAUGAAGAUUCGGAGAGAGGUUCUAGAACACGUAGAGCCCUUACGUCCCUACGAAUCCCUUGACACCCUGAAACAGUUCCUCCAGUAUCAUGGCAAGAUUUUGUGUUUCUUCUGCCUGUGGGAUGACUCAGUCUCAAUGUUUGGAGACCGUAGAGAACUCAUCCUGCAUUACUUCUUGUGUGAUGAUACUAUUGAAAUCAAAGAAUUGCUUCCACACAACUCAGGCCGAGAUGCUAUAAAAAUGUUCCUCCGGAGGAGUAAGCUGCCCAAGAAUUGCCCACCUAGAGUCUAUCAACCAGGCCAGAUAACAGAUCGAGCGGUUCUCAAUUUGUAUGGUGACUUUAUAAAGAACCAAGCGGAUGGCUUCCUGAUGGAUAGAUAUAAGCUAGGAGAAGUAGACCAAGAGUUUUACAAAGAUAGUGACCUGUCCCUCGGAGUCACCAUCAAUGUGUGGGGAAGAAAAGUGCUCCUUUAUGACUGUGAUGAAUUUACAAAGUCUUAUUAUAAGUCUAAAUAUGGAAUUGAGAACUUUACCUCAGUUUCAUGCAAGCCUCCUUCUCCUCCUCCAAAAAUAGAAAGGAAAUUUCCACCUUACAACGGUUUUGGUUCUGAAGAGGAUUCUCUCCGUACCUGCAUAGGCCUCAAGCCCACACCUCAUCGGAGGAACUUCAAGAAGUUUAUGGAAAAAGACAGCUAUGGCUUCAAAAGCAAUAUACUCCGUUUUUUUGCAAAACUAGUCACAGACAAAUGUGUUGACUUGGACAGGAUGUUUGUUAUUUCAUAUUAUCUCAGUGAUGACACCAUUUCAGUGUUUGAACCUAUAGAGAGGAAUUCAGGAAUUACCGGUGGGAUGUUCUUGAAAAGAAGUCGCGUUAAGAAGCCUGGGCAAGAAGUCUUUAAAAGUGAACUAUCUGAAUAUAUCAAGGCUGAGGACCUGUACAUUGGAGUCACAGUGAAUGUGAAUGGUUACCUAUUUCGUUUGCUCAAUGCUGAUGAGUAUACCUUAAACUACAUGGAGCAGAAUACAGAUAAGUAUCCUUUCAGUAACCUCAAACUUGCCCUACAAAAGCUGAAGCAAGAAGAAGCAAAAUCCAGAGAGCUCAAGCAGAUAUUCAGAGCUGCUGACCGUAAGCACACAAAGAAGGUGGAUUAUAAUACAUUCAGAGACAUAUUGAUGUCUUUUACUGUUGGAAACCUCUCAGAACAAGAAUUUGUAACCAUUGUACGUCACUACCGUGCACCUGAGGACACCUGUUCAGAUGUGGAUUUCUUAAUCGCACUGGCCCACGAAAAGUUCAAGAAAAAUAUGUUUGAGAAUUUCGACAGUUUCAUUUAUUCCUGUGUGUAUGAAGAUCGAGAAAAAAAAAAUGUAUUACCCACCAAAGACAUUAAAAGGCUGUGCAAAUCCUCCAGAUUACCUCUGAGUGAUGAUCUUCUAGAAUCCUUAUUGUCAAGGUUUGAAGACAGUGAAAAACAAAUAGAUUAUAAGUCAUUUUUCUCUGCCCUGAACUGGAGAAAGAAUCCAGUGCCUGAAUUGCAACCAGCAUCAUACCUUAAAGAGAGAUGUGAAGAUAUCUGGCUUGGCAUGCCAUCACCUAUUCCUGCGAAAUACAUUGACUACUUGACCCUUUUGAAGGAUGUGUUUGGCUUAGAGGAGGAAUAACCAUGCCAGUUUUGGUCAAUUCUCUUUGAUUUACUUCUCUCAUUUUGCCACAUUUACUUUAGUAGAUAUAAUUUCAUUAAAAACAAAAAAGAAACAAGGUUUAUAUUAAAUGGAAAUCCACAAAUCACAAUUAAUCCUAUUUUGUCAUGUUAGUUUUUCAGAACAUCAUGUUAUAUUUCUGCCGUACUGUUACUAUUUAAAAUGCCAUCUUAAAACAUGUUGAAUAUUUUUAUUAUAUGUAUAUUUUAUUAAUACCAAAAAAUCUUCUGAUAAUUUUUCAUCCAACGUAAUUUGAUUCAUUAGUAUAUGAACAGAAAAUAACUUCUGAAGGUUAUACAUGACAAUACAAAAUCAAAUUAUAUCACAGCAAUAAGUUGUGAUUCUAUUAAAUAUUUUUGAAACCUUUUUGACACAUUUAUUACUUAUAUAGUUAAGUUUUGUAGCAACCCACCUCAUCAAAAUAAUUCUUAAACCUCUCUAGAGUAAAUAUGUUUAUUUUUUAAACUUAGUAAAGCUAUGGGAAGAAAAAGAACCUCCCCAAAACAUACACACACACACACACACACACACACAGGAAACAUAUGCAGUAUUUAUAUUUGUAAUGCCCUUUUUUCUAUCUAAAGUCAGCUUGUUAGCUUAGGAAUAUAUGCAUGUGUAUAUAAUUAUAGUUUGACCAAAAAUUUAUUAUGUCUAAAAUAUUUACAAAUGUGAAAGCUGAAGAUUUUGAGAUUUUUUUUUUUUUUUGGUUUGUUUUACACACACAUCCCACCCGCCCCACCCUAGAGGUUUAAAUAUUCAGAAACUACAACAUUUUUCCCCUGCUUUUUUCUAGUUCUAUUUUUAUUUUUCUUCAGCAGAACUCUUGUCAUGUAGUAUACAUUUGAUUAAAACCCAUAGCCAUGUACCUCUGGGAAUUCAGUGUAAGAAGUCUAUCCCCGUCUAUCCCAUUGUUCAAUGUGGGGUGCUAUGUAUCAUAAAUCCAUUUGCCUGGUGUUCUGGGAGACAAUGGAGGUCUCUCAAGAAGGAACUGCAGGGACUACUCUGAGAAGAAGAGGAGCUGAUGACAUCUCAAGGGACCCUUCGGACUCAUUAUUCUUUCACUCCACAUUUGCAGCAGUGUCUUGCUGGCUUCUUGGCACUCAAAUGUACCAAUUUACUCUUGACAACAAUGGCCCUUUCAUUUUUAAAAAAUUGAAGUUAAUCAAUAAACGAUUUCUAUAUAUAAACCUAGAAUAAUUCCACACGUGCUAUUGUUAGAAUAGAUGCUCCCCCCCCAACCCUUUCAGGACUUAACACUAAACUAGUAUACUCAAUUUAUAUACCAAAACUAUCUACCAUAAAUCCUAAAUUUGACUACUUGAUUUUUGUCCCAGGUUUUUUUUAAGGCAACUGACAGUGCCAAGCCAUUUUGUCACUUUAAGAUUUUUCAUUCCCCAGAGAGCAAGCUUUUAGAAGGAUGACACUUUCCUGGAACUUUUCAAGCUGACACAUUCGUCACUUACCUAUUCAACUCUUCAGUCAGUUGUCUUUCCUUCAAGAGUUUAAAUAUGUAGAUAAUUUAGCCCUUGUAAAGGCUUAUAAUGUAGUUCAUUUGAGAAGCUGGGGGAGAAAAAGGAAGCAAACCAAUGACAAUGCUCCUGAGUUUGUGGGGUGACAACUGCUUAUUCUAUUGCAUAGAUGUGUGUUACUGCUCUGGUUGUUUCUGGUUCAAGCCCACAAUUAGCAAUGAAAUGGCCAUUAUAGGAUUCAUGCCGAUAAACAUGAUACAUUGCAGCCAUACAGACAUUUUAAAUAAUUAUUCUUUUUAUAACUAAGCCAUAUACUGAACAAGAUUUAUAAUUUAGAGAUAAUAUCCCCAUUAGUAAAGUUUAUGACCCAAUAAACAGCUCCCACUAGUUAAUAAAUGCCAAAGCCAUAAAAACAAAGACUAUUAAUGUAAUAGAAUUUCUGUACCUCCCUCUUUUGCUGGUGGUCUCAAGACACUGAAAGGAAAUGCUAUCUUAGGAAAAACAUUUAUUCUCGUUAUGUAAAUAUCAGUGAAUUGUCUUACAAUCCAUCUGGAAGUCUCCCAGCCCCCCUUGGUCCCAGGUGGUCCCAAAAUGCUGAUGCAUUCUGCUUAGGUUUCAAGCAGUAGAUAACUGUGGUUUUCAGCACCAAUAAAUCCCGAGACUAAAAUUUUGGGGGAAGGAGGGCUGGAAUUUCUGCCUCUUCUCUUCCCUCUGCAAAAGAGAAAUCCCAACUAUUGUCAUUGUUCCAGGGUAAUAAUUUGAAAGAAGUUUCACAACCUUUCCAUAUACUUAUAUUUUCAGCUGCUAACAUGCUCUCAUUUUGAAGAAAAAGCAAGUGCUGCCUUUGGAUGUCUGGGUGAGUUGAAGGUUAAUAUAGGCAAACCUUUUGUCCUAAGAACUAAUUGUUAUUUAGUAUUCUUGGAACUGUGGGAAUGAUUGAUAAAGCCAUUUGAAAACCCAAAUCAAAUCAUGUCUUUUCAUACAAAACUGAUUAAAAGCUGUUGAAGUU